AUGGCCUCAGAUUUUGCGGACCCGUCUAGUUUCCUCCCAGACACAGUGCCUAUUGGUGGAGCUGCGGCAGUUCCACAAGGCUUCAGUUCUCAAAGUCGUCUCAGAGCCGAUGGUAAUUAUGCGUCGGAUUUUAGCUUGAAUGUUGAGAUAUCUGACGCUCUCAGCGAUAAGGAUCGUGUUUUAUUUACUGUCCGGACAAAGACUAAUUUACCAGAAUUUAAAAGGCACGAGUUUCAAGUAAAUCGUGUGCAUGAUGAUUUCAUCUGGCUUCACGACCAACUGGAAGAGAACGAAGCCUUUGCUGGUUUUAUUGUUCCUCCUGCGCCUCCUCGACCUGAUUUUGAUGCAUCUAGGGCGAAAUUGCAACGAUUGGGUAAAAGUGAGGGCACCGUAACUAAGCAGGAUAUGCAAAAACUAAAGGCAGAACUUGAGGCGGAAUAUUUAGCCAAUUUUAAGAAAACAGUUGCAAUGCACGAAGUAUUUCUCCAGCGAAUCGCGAACCAUCCGUCUCUCCGAAAUGACUAUGGUUUCCGUGUUUUCCUAGAGUACGACGAUAACUUAAGUGUUCGCACCAAAAAUGCAAAAGAAAAGGCUGCAGGUUUCCUCAAAUCCGUAACCAAGACUGCCGAUGAGAACCUUCUGCUCUCCAACCAAAGGGACGAUGAUCCGUUCUUCAGGGAUGAAAAACCCUAUCUAGUCCGUUUUUAUUCCGCCGUGCAUGACGCCUACCUGGCUGCUGACAACGUUUGUCGAUGUCGGCGUCAGCUGGGAGAAGAAGUUCUUCGUCUGGAGCUUCUCUUCCAGGAUCUUUUCACCACUCCCCCAAUCAAUUCCAAGACUUCCGAAGCUGCACUAACUUCCCGAGUGUACGAAUUCUUUAGCUCGCUUUAUCCAAUCGAAAUGCGCGUCGCAGCUGACGAAGACCUCAAACUCUCGGACACACUGGCGUAUUACAGCGCCGAGUCUGCAGCAGCCAAAGACCUCCUCUACAGACGCAGCCGUGCCUUGGCCGAUUAUCAUGCAGCUAAUAAGGCCUUGGACAAGGCACGAGCCAAGCAGCGGGACAUUGCCGCCGCGGACAGCCAGCAGGUUGCCACCCAUAAGCGCUUCACCGAUAUCUCCGAGACGGCUCGUCAUGAAAUUGAGGACUUCAAGGUGCGUCGAAUAAAGUACUUCCAAAAGAAUCUUAUUGCUUUGGCAGAACUUCAAAUUAAUCACUCCAAGGUAACUCUUUUCCAAAACGCCCUGGCCACUGUAAAAUCGAUCAACUACGUCAACAAUGCCAAACACAUCAAGAAACCCACCUAA